UCUCUGCAGGUGAGGAUGGGGAGCCCCGAAGAUGAUCUCAUUGGGAUUCCCUUCCCGGAUCACAGCAGUGAGCUCCUCAGCUGUCUAAAUGAGCAGCGCCAGCUGGGCCAGCUGUGUGAUCUCACCAUUCGAACCCAAGGCCUAGAGUACCGAACCCAUCGGGCUGUGCUGGCUGCCUGCAGUCACUACUUUAAGAAACUCUUCACUGAGGGGGGUGGGGGCACAGGUGCCAGCGGCGGAGCAGCUACCUCCCCGGGGGCCGGUGUGUGUGAACUGGACUUUGUGGGACCCGAAGCCCUGGGAGCCUUGCUGGAGUUUGCCUACACGGCCACCCUCACCACCAGCAGCGCCAACAUGCCCGCGGUCCUCCAGGCAGCCCGCCUGCUGGAGAUCCCCUGCGUCAUCGCUGCCUGUGUCGAGAUCCUGCAGGGGAGUGGGCUGGAGGCCCCCGGGCCCGACGAAGAUGACUGUGAGAGAGCCCGCCAGUACCUGGAGGCCUUUGCCACCGUGGGUUCUCGGGUGCCCAAUGGCGAUGACAGUCCCCUACAGGCCCCGCUUCCACCUCCCCCACCCCCCACACGGCCUGUUCCCCGACGGAGCCGAAAGCCCCGAAAAGCCUUUUUACAGACAAAGAGGCCUCAAACCAACCAUCUGGUGUCUGAUGUGGCUGCCAUGCAUCCCCCCUCCUUUACCUACCCAGAGGAGGAAGAGGCAGCAAGUGCAAUCGGGGUAGGAGAUGGCUACAGCCCCCCUGGUGGGGCCAGGUCACCCCCGGAGGGGCACCUGGGCUAUGAAGGAUAUGAGGGGGAGGAAGAAGAGGAAGACCUAGUGUACCCACCUGCCUACGGGCUGCCUCAGAGUGGGGCCCCCCCUCUGUCCCCAGAAGAGUUGGGCUCCGAUGAGGACGCCAUUGACCCUGACCUGAUGGCCUAUCUGAAUUCCCUGAAUCAUGAAGCCCUCACACCGGGGAUAGAUGGCCAGGACAAGCUGGUACGCAAGCGUCGUUCCCAGAUGCCCCAAGAAUGCCCGGUUUGCCACAAGAUCAUUCAUGGGGCAGGCAAGCUGCCCCGACACAUGCGGACCCACACUGGUGAGAAGCCCUUUGCCUGCGAGGUCUGUGGCGUCAGGUUCACCAGAAAUGACAAGCUGAAGAUCCACAUGAGAAAGCACACUGGUGAGCGGCCAUACUCGUGCCCACACUGCCCAGCGCGCUUCCUCCACAGCUAUGACCUCAAGAACCACAUGCACCUGCACACAGGCGACCGGCCUUUUGAAUGCCACCUGUGCCACAAGGCCUUCGCCAAGGAGGACCACCUGCAGCGCCACCUGAAGGGCCAGAACUGCCUGGAGGUCCGAACCCGAAGAAGAAGAAAAGAUGAUGCGCCCCCCCACUAUCCCCCACCUCAGGCGCCCACCCCAGCUGGCCCUGGCCUUGACCUUUCCAAUGGGCACCUGGAUGACUUCCGCCUCUCUCUGGCCCGUUUCUGGGAGCAGCCGGUCAGGGCUGGGCCUCCCCCCCCACCCCUGGGGCCUCCUGAGGAAGAGGAGGAGGAGGGGGCACCAACUACACCCCAGGCUGAGGGUGCCAUGGAGUCUUCUUAAAUGGGAAAAGGAGCUGGACAAGGGUGGAGUCGCAGGGUGGGCGCCAAUGCCAAGGAAUAUGAGGGCUCUGGAGACUGACUUCGGAUGGGGGGUACCGUGGCUCCCGGGCUACUAGACUCAGCCCCUCCCUCUUGUGUACCCUGGCAGUUCUGGGCUAGUCCCACAUACAGGGAAAAAGUUUGGGCUCUCCCCCAGACUGGGGCAGACUGCCUCCCACCAAGGGGUGAUA